AAUCGCAAGCCUGGCAUGAAUUUUGUAGAAAUGGAUGUGAGAAAUAAAGUUGCUCUGAUCACCGGCGGCGCCAAUGGAAUCGGCUUUUCAUAUGCCAAGGAAUUCUUGCGAAACGGAGCUUCGCACGUGGCGGUUCUCGAUUUGCCUAAUUCGAAAGGUGAAGAAUCGGUGAAAAAAUUGAACGAGGAAUUCGGAGAUGGUCGAGCGAUAUUCGUCGUCUGCGAUGUGACAAAGUCUGAGGAACUGGAAGUUGCUUUCGCAAAGAUUGUCAAGAAAUUUGGUGGGCUUGAUAUCGUUAUCAACAACGCUGGCAUAAUGGACGAUUCGCGUUGGGAGUUAGAGGUCAACAUCAAUUACAUCGGCCUAGUGCGUGGAACGCUGCUUGGUUUCCAGUACAUGGGAAAGGACAAGGGCGGAAAGGGGGGGACCAUAGUGAACAUCUCUUCCAUAGCUGGAAUUAUCCAUGCUCCAAUGUUCCCGAUCUACGUGGGCACCAAGUGCGCGGUCAUCGGCUUGACUCGAUCAUUCGGGCAUUCGUAUCACUACGAAAAAACUGGUGUUCGAGUUUUGGCGAUGUGCCCAAGCGUCACGGACACGCAGCUCGUAACGGGGGCCCCAAAGAGAACCCUGGACGCCGUCAGCCCAGAGGCUGUGACGGAAAUAUUGAGCACUUAUUCAUCGCAAACGGCAGACAGCGUGGCGCAUGGCAUGGUCCAAAUUAUACGUGACGGAAAGAGCGGCAGCGUUUGGCUUGUUGAAAAUGGAGAACCGGCGUUCGAAGUUGACAUUCCCGAUGAGGUGAUCAGGAAAGCUUUGUAAAUAAGGCAAUAAAGAUUAUUACCAUUUCAAUAGUCAGCAAAAAUUAUAAAGUG